AUGGCAGCAAACAUACUCUCCGAUGCCUUCCAGAAUGUCAGCAAUCUGAACAUGUCAAAGGAAAGGACCAAAGAAGUGGAAACCUCCUUCACAUCAUACAAGCUACACUAUGCUAUUAGACUGCUCAAAAUUAAAAAGGCACCUGGAUGGGAUGGAGUCAACAAUGAAAUAAUCCGCCACCUAGGACCACAAGCAAGGCUACCACUCUUAAAACUCUUCAACCGAUCAUGGCUAACAGGAAAAUUCCCAAUACAGUGGCAGGAGGCAAUAAUAACACCCGUCCUAAAGAAAGGAAAAGAGAAAAAAAGACAAAGCAAGCUACAGACCGAUCAACCUACUUAG